AGUGAAUACCACUACACUUCAUCUCGAAAAAGCGAGUAGUACUAUGUGUGGAACGAUAGAGAGCUGGAAAGAGUGCAGCACAUCUUAGCGACGAAGAAACUGCACUGCACGAGCAAGAAAAAGAAGAAUUGAUACGCUUGAAAGCCUUUUUGACUUGUUGUGUCGUGCGUCGAUCAAGUACCGAGGAAAAAACUCUGAAUUUUCAUCAUGCUCCGACGCAAAUACCUCCUCUCAAGAAUCAAUGAUACUCCGCACGAUCGGCAAUCUGCUUUUAGUGCAAUACGGCCUUCUUAGUCAACUUUUGGAGCAUAGGAAUUCAACUAGUCUCUUGGAGCUUGAUGCCUUCCCUGCUGAAAUGAUUCCCUUCUUUUGUCCUCCGACCUUGCACCGUCAAAAGGAAGAUGAUGCUGUCUCAUGUGCAACCUGCCAGUGUUCUCGUAGCAUCCGAAACCAUGUAAUAAUCACAUCGAUUUUGAUUCUUUUGUCACUCUCCGGCCUUUUUAUUUUACUUUGGGGAGGAAAUUGUGUGCUGAAUGAUUCGUGCCAUGAAGAUGGAUGCCUUGGCGCAUAUAUGGUCCAUGCUGUCCAUGAUGGAGAGGGUUCCAUCUCCUAUGAUCCUAUCCUUCACAUGGUGUCAUAUCAAACGUGUUCAUGCACCACCCAACAACAACAAAAAAUCUAAAGCACCAAAGCGAAAGGAGCCGCCUUAUAAAUAUGGCGUUACCGGCAGACGGCUCAUUGCAAAGCCCCAUGACUGGGAUCUAGCCAUCUAGGAGCAAACACAAAGACACCGUCCUUCGCCAACAUGUGCUCUGGUUCCUGGAACAGCAAGAUACAGUGGUCUUCCCCUGCUGUGUUCAUCAGGCGGCGGCAGCAGCAGAAGAAGCCAGACGUCUCAGUGAUGACUCUCAGGAGGAAGAGGUUAAGGCUGAUCAGCAGGAGGAGGAGGGCUGCAGGAGCAGAGCUAGGGCUGAUCAGAAGGAGGAGGAGGAGAGCUGCAGAGGCGGAUAUGGCCAUGCUGAACCUGAAGCUCCACCUUGAGAACCGGCGCAUCCUAGCGGAGAACGAGAGGCUCCGGGAGAGGGCUGGCGUGCUCCGCCGUGAGAACCUCGCGCUGCGCGAAAACCUGUGCAAGACGGUGGCGGAGGCGGCACCGCCGGCAGAGGCCACCAAUGGCUGCUGAGCAGCCAGCUGCUCGGCGUUCUCCGCGGCAGCUCUCUGGUGUGUUUGGUGAUGAUCUUCUUGGCUUGUUAGGGAUGACUGAAUGGCUGGUGAUUUGUGCUUACCGACCACAUGGGGUUUUCACCUAUAUAUUUUGUGUGGUUUGUGGCAUGAUCAUGGUUGCACAUUAUAAGUUUGAAGUGCAAGGACUAAUUAACAGUAUUUUGUUUGGCUA